AUGUCCACUCCAGCUGAAACCUCUUUUGCUGAACUUAAGGCAAUCACUAGGCAGAUUGUUGACAUUGUCCGCACGGCUCAGCUGCUCCCACCCGGCAACAGCCACUUGGCUCUGAAAGCACAAGUCACUGAACUGGUGGCUAAGGCCAUCCGGGACCAUGAGGAUGCACCUUGCAUUCCGGGCAUAGUCUUGUCCUGCUCCAAGGAGUUACUUCACGUUCGGAAGAUGUCCCCUCAGGCGUUAGGCGACCAGACAUUCAAUCUUCCCCUUGAGGCCCCCAAAUCCCCUGACACUGUCGUGAUUGACCUUCCCUCCCCACCUGUCAUCACUGGCAGCAUUGCCAGCCCAUCUUCCGGCACUAUUGCCAAGUCCUGGGAGAACCGUAAGGAUAAGGGUAAGGGUAAGGCAUUAGAUGCUGACCCGGAACCUGAGGCGGACGGGAGUAGGAAGAGGAAAUUGCCCCUGAUUUCAGGACCCUCCUCCCAACUGCCAAAAUCCGCGAUGAAGAGUCGCAAGAGGGCAAAGUCAGCUUGCGUUGUGAAGUCAGCCGAGUUUGUGGAGUCUGAGGACGAACCUGAGGACAAGCCAGCUGCCCAAGGAGGGCCGGUCGUCUUAGUUCAUCGUCUCACCUCAGUCUCGCCCUGGGUCCCCAAGAAGAGACCUUUCGGCCCUGCGAAGGUAAUUGCUGGAAGACGUGCAGACGUCACCGGGCACACGGACUUGACGUCCAACACCCCCGUGGCCACCCCGGUGGUGGCACCAACUGUCAUUGAUGGCCCUGCUGGAAGCUGUCCAGAGGUCGUCGAGGACUUGGACUCAACAUCCAACACCCCCACAGUCACCCUGGUCAUGAUGCCAACUGUCAUCACUACAGAUGACAUUCUCAUUCCCGGACCCAUGAAACAACCCAUGCUGGGCUUGCAACAACGUGGAGUUGCCCUGCACCACCCAUUUCGACAAGAGGACUGGGAAAGGCUUUCUCUCCUGUGUUUUCUGCAACACAAAGAAGGUAAAGUGUUUUUCCAUCACCCUUGGAAGUCCACCGAAACGGUCGCGGGCCAACCUUGUGGUGUAGCCGGAUCUACCAGUGCCGGUGCUGCCGGAACUGCCACAAUUGCGUCUUCGAGUGCCUGCAUGCCUCGUGCAGCUCUCAAUGUCCCCAUCCCGGACCUCCAUUCCAUGGCAAUGAGUAUUCACGAUAGUGCCGGACACAUCAAGGCUCUCGAGGAUCUUGUUGCCGAGCAGGGCAGACGUAUCAAUACCCUCACCAGGCUCCAUGAGAGCCUUCGAUGCGAAACCAUGGAACACCAUCCCUCAUUUCCCCUUCCCACUACUCCGGCAAUUGCAACAUCUUUGUUGCUUGAUCAAUCCGUCACUGGAACAACGUCACCCUCCCAAUCUGCACUCCCUCCUCUCAUUGAUCUUUCGAUGGCAGUGAUGGAGCCCACACCCUCGAAAAUCAAGGAUCCCUCUGCCAUCAAGGGUCUCACAUUUGAGCCAAGUCAAGUUCAACUAGCCCUGAACCCAUCACCUACUCCCCCAACUGCCGGAGACAUUGUGGUGCCGGAUGAUCCACACAACCUUGUCCCGGAAUACGAUUCUGCUGAUGACAUGGAUGUUGAGGUCAAGGUUGAAGUUGAAGGUGGUGAUGAGGGUCAUCUGGGCAAGGUUGAAAUGUCUACAUAA